AUGCCGCUCCUCUUCUCGCCCCUCACGGCGCGGUGCCUCCACCACUCCCCGCGCCUCCCCGCGCCCAUCGCGCACCACCCCUCCCGCCCCCGUCCUCUCGGCGGCGAGACCCGCGGAGGUACCAGGGGGAGGAGAGUGGCGGUGGUGUCGGAGAGGCAGGCGGCGGCGGCGGCGGUGUUGGCCGCGGAGAAGUCCCCGGGAGGAGAGGGAGGCGACGGAGAGCGAUACGACGCGAUAGUGGUCGGGUCGGGGAUCGGGGGCCUGGUGGCGGCGACCCAGCUGGCCGCCAAAGGGGCGCGGGUGCUGGUCCUCGAGAAGUACAUCAUCCCCGGGGGCAGCUCCGGGUACUACCGCCGCGACGGGUUCACCUUCGACGUCGGCUCCUCCGUCAUGUUCGGGUUCUCCGACAAGGGAAACUUAAAUUUGAUAACACAAGCACUAGAAGCAGUUGGAUGUAAGAUGGAAGUCAUACCAGACCCUUCUACGGUUCAUUUCCAUCUACCUGGUGCCCUCUCCGUUCUUGUGCAUAGGGAGUAUAAUGACUUCAUUGAAGAGCUGGUUAGCAAAUUCCCGCAUGAAAAAGAAGGAAUCCUAAAAUUCUAUGGCAUAUGUUGGAAGAUCUUCAAUUCAUUAAAUUCUUUGGAACUAAAGUCCUUGGAAGAACCUCUAUACCUAUUCGGGCAAUUUUUUAAGAAGCCUUUGGAAUGCUUGACUCUCGCAUACUAUCUGCCACAGAAUGCGGGGGAUAUUGCUCGCAAGUUCAUAAAAGAUCAGCAGUUGCUAUCCUUCAUAGAUGCUGAGUGUUUUAUUGUGAGCACAGUCAAUGCCUUGAAAACACCCAUGAUCAACGCGAGCAUGGUAUUGUGUGAUAGGCACUUUGGAGGAAUUAACUAUCCAGUUGGUGGUGUUGGUGGUAUUGCGGUGUCUUUGGCAAAUGGCCUUGUUGAAAAGGGCAGCGCAAUACGUUACAAGGCGAAUGUGACCAAUGUUAUUCUUGAAAAUGGGAAAGCUGUUGGAGUGAGGUUGUCAAAUGGGAAGGAGUUAUUCGCUAGAACAGUAAUAUCAAAUGCCACAAGAUGGGACACAUUUGGAAAACUCGUGAAGGCUGAAGAGCUUCCAGAAGAGGAGAAAAACUUUCAGAAGAACUAUGUUAAAGCGCCAUCAUUUCUAUCCAUUCAUCUGGGUGUCAAAGCCUCAGUUUUACCUGCUGGUACUGAUUGCCACCAUUUUGUACUGGAGGAUGACUGGUCGAACUUGGAAAAGCCUUAUGGAAGCAUAUUUUUAAGUAUCCCUACAGUUCUUGAUCCAUCCUUGGCUCCUGAAGGACAUCACAUACUUCAUAUAUUUACAACUGCAGGUAUAGAAGAUUGGGAGGGUCUACCUAGGAAGGAUUAUGAGCAGAAAAAGGAGCUUGUGGCAAAUGAGAUCAUACGAAGACUUGAAAAUAAGUUGUUUCCUGGUCUUCAAGACUCAAUAGUCCUCAAGGAGGUAGGAUCCCCAAAAACUCACCGCAGAUUUCUUGCCCGAAAUGAUGGUACAUAUGGACCCAUGCCACGGGGUAAACCCAAGGGUUUGCUGGCAAUGCCUUUCAAUACCACUUCAAUAGAUGGACUUUACUGCGUCGGCGACAGCUGUUUUCCUGGGCAAGGAGUGAUUGCUGUGGCAUUUUCAGGGGUCAUGUGUGCUCAUCGUGUUGCAGCAGACAUAGAUCUUGAACAAAGGUCUCCUAUUCUAGACACGGGCCUUCUCGGUGUCCUCAGAUGGUUGAGAACACUCGCAUAA